AUGGUGCUCACUCAGGCUCUGAUGCCUUUCCUCCGGCCUCUCGGCCCUCCUCAAUCUUCAAGUGUCCACCAAUUCAUGCGAAGAAUAUCCAGCUCGACCAGGUUAUACAAUCAGGUCCAAGUGAAAGUGCCGUUGUCUGCCCCAACUCCUGCCCCUGCCGCAACAGUCAGCGAGCCUUAUUUCGUGCAUCGGACGCCCUCGAGACAACUCCCGAUUUAUACGCUUGCAAAGCGCGGUGGUAAUCUGCAUCAGACGAAGAUUCGAAAGGUGGAGGGCGACGUCAAAGUAUUGCGGGAUCAGUUGCAACAGGCUUUGCAAUUGGACUCCAAGGAUAUCACAAUCAAUUCGUUAACGAAGCAUAUCAUUGUAAAGGGCUGGAGAAAGUCGGAGAUUACAAAAUUUCUAGAGCAGAGGCGUUUCUAA